GCAUGCUCAGAGGGAGGGCUGAGAACCGGCCGGGCGGAAGUUGUGUCAGUGUGCUCAGUGCGGAAAGUCCCUGGAUGAGAGGAAGAGAGGGAUCAGAAAUUACAUCGUUCUGUGACCUGGCAUCCCGCCCACUCACCUGCAGGAGUCUAUGGAAAACACGUUCCUCUGUAACCCGACGUGUUGUAGAGAUUGAAGACCGCCAGCGCUUUCCAGAAGGAGACCGUUCAUUAACGCAUCAAGAUUCUGGAGAUGAAAGUCUAUAAAGAGAUCAUUAGAUAUGAAGGGACUCCUUUGUCUGCAAGGCACCAUGAUAGGGGGACCACUGAACCAAUCAGCUUCUUCUUUUCCAACCUGGAGGAACUGCUGUCAUGGAGGCCAACCAAUCACGACAAAUACAAUGUCGCUGUAACCCCUAUUGCCAAAAGACAUCCACCUGUUGAUCAUCAGAGGCCCAAGACACUGGUGUGCCAUGACAUGAUGGGAGGAUAUCUGGAUGACAGGUUCAUCCAGGGAUCUGAUGCGAAGGACCCCUUUGUGUUCUAUCAUUGGCAGUACAUUGAUACAUUUGUGUACUUUAGUCACCGUAUGUUCACCCUUCCUCCUGUCUGCUGGACUAACGCUGCCCACAAACAUGGAGUCUCCAUUCUAGGAACUUUUAUCACAGAAUGGGAAGAUGGGGCUAAAGUCUGCGAGUCUAUCCUAAGUGGUGAAGAAUCAACAUAUAAAGCUGUGGCAGAUCAGAUGGUCAUGUUGGCUCAAUUCUACCGUUUUGAUGGCUGGCUGGUCAACAUUGAGAAUGUACUUAGCCCACUGGCAGUGUCCCGGGUCCCGCUCUUCCUUUCCUACUUAAUGGAAAAGAUGCACUCCCAGAUCCCGGGGAGCCUCGUCCUGUGGUACGACAGUGUGAUCCAUACCGGAGAACUGCGAUGGCAAAAUGAACUUAAUAAUGAAAACAGACAGUUUUUUGACGCUUGCGAUGGAAUUUUCACAAACUACAACUGGAAGGAGGAGCAUUUACAGCGUAUGGCGGUGGAGCCCCGCAGGACGGACGUCUACGUCGGAGUGGACAUCUUCGGUCGGGGAGACGUUGUAGGAGGCCAGUUUGAAACCUUCAAGUCUUUGCAGAUGAUCCGUCAGUAUGGCUUCUCUGCUGCGCUCUUUGCUCCUGGCUGGGUCUACGAAUGUUUCAACAAGGAACAGUUCUUGGAGAACCAGCACAGGUUUUGGUCUCUCUUGGAGAAUCACAUGUACAUCCACAGUCUCUGCACCCUUCCUAUAUGUUCCUCGUUCUGUCUUGGGUACGGGAAGAAGAGAUUUUUCUACGGAGAGGUGGAAGAUAUCGGGCCCUGGUUUAAUUUAAGUGCUCAGGAACUCCAGCCCAUCUUCUCCGCGGUAGAGCUGGAUGAAGACAGCAGCUAUGUGAAGAGCCGGGUUUGCCCACAGGAAGCCUGGAAUGGAGGCAACUCUCUCCUGGUGGAAGGAAAUUUAUCGGCGAACACCAAUGGCGUUUCUUUAAAGUUGUUCUCUCUACAUGUCCCCGCUCCGGAGAAGCUCUUGCUGUCCCUGGUGUACAGGCUGGAGGGGUCAUCCAAUGUCGCAGUCUCACUGGAGCUUACCACCCAAGACGCCCCAUUAUGCAGCGUGGAGAGUGUCUCCGAACUGACCGUGCAGCAUCGAACGCACACCCCGACAUCCCUCCAAGAUCCGCCUUCAUUUCUUACAGACCCUCAGCAUGGCAAAGCAUCCGGAUGGGUAAAAAGAUAUUAUGAGGUGCAACUCCGCGGAUGUUUCCUGACCAGUCUAUCUGUACAUUUCUCCAACCUGACGCCUGAUAAAGAGGAGCAAAACUUUGUAUGUCGCAUCGGAGAAAUAAGGGCUCUUGAUGCUUCUCUACCUCCGCCUCGUCCUGUGCCGCCUACUGACCUCUCUCUGUCCCACGUUCUGUGGCGAAGGGACAAGCAAUCCAAUCAGCUCUUUGUCAGCUUAACCCUCCACUGGAGCCACAGCAUGGACAAUAUUCGCCACUUUCGAAUAUACUGCCGCGGCGUCACCUGCCAUCGAGCACCAGACUCUCAGACUCACCUUGUCGGACUGGCGCACGCUUGCAUAUACCGCGUUGUUGACCUGGCGGUACCCGAUCCAUGCCAUCCAGCCCCAGGCAGGUUGGAGUUUACAGUACAACCAGUCAACAAGGACGCUAUUGAAAUCUUGCCUCCAGAAUGGGGGCAGUUGGUUUUAGAAUUUGUGGAGCAGACACAAACCGAGGUCUGACCGCGUCUGGAUGGUUCGCAGUACCUGCUGAUGCUGUUUGUUAUACAGGGUUCAUUGUAAUUGUUUGUUUUUUUUCUUUUCUUUUCUUUUCUUUAGCCUUACACAAGGAAGUGGUUAUUUUUUAAGGGCUGGGUCACACCACAACGCUGCGUGGGAAAGGCAUAUUCUGUGCACAUUUCCCGCACCGUAGGUGAUUGUGCUGCUUUUACGAUCUGCCAGCAGGCGCCAACCUAUUGUUGUUGGCACCUCAAAUGUAGUACUAUGCAGUUUGGUGCAGUGUGUUUUUAAAAGUAUGCUGUGUACAGAGUACAGGGUUCAGGAUGUGCUACAUACAGAGUGCAGAGUUCAGGAGUGUGUUGUGUGCAGGGUUUAGGGGUUGCUCUAUGCACAGAGUGCAGAGUCCAGGGGGUCGUGCUUGGGUGGAGAAGUCCAGGGGGUCG